CCCCUCCCUCCACUCUCUCACUCAGAGAUGGCUACUAAAGCUGCUGAUGAAGAACCUGUUGGAGCACUGAAAUAUAAGACAUGGGUCUUGAAAGUCCUCAUCCAUUGUGAAGGCUGCAAGAAGAAAGUCAAGAAAGUUCUUCAAGCCAUUGAUGGUGUUUAUGAGACGAAAAUAGAUUCUCAACAGCACAAGGUGACAGUCACUAGCAGCGUCGAUGCAGAAACACUCAUCAAGAAGCUGACCAAGUCUGGGAAAUACGUUGAGCUUUGGCCGGAAUUAAAGCCUGAGAAGAAAGACAAAAAGUCUGGGAAAACAAAUGACAAGCAAAAAGACGGCGGAGAAAAAGCUGGUGAUGAUGACCAUGGUCCAAAGAAUAAUUCAGCAGAGAAGAAGCCUGAACCAGCCGCUGCCAAAAAUGGCGGUGUUGGUGGCGAUAAAGGUUCUGCUAAAGAUAACCAGCAUCCAAAAGGGGACCAAAAGGGAGGUAAAAGCGAAGAACCUGACCCUACCCAAAGUACUGCUGCUGGUGGUAAAAAGAAGAAAAAGAAAGGGCAGAAAAGCAACCCUGGUCCCAACGGUGAUACACCACCACCACCCAGUGAGACUCAGUCAGCCAUGGCAGUGGCACUCCCAGUCCCAGUCCCAGACCAUACCUCACCACCACCAGCACCACCACCCAAUGCUUCAAUCGAUCUAAAUCCUCCAAAUCAACCAAUGUAUCCUUACACACCUAUGUACUAUGGACCUCCAUUUUGUGGGGUAAGUUACAACACCAUUUACCCUAGCUCAAGCUCUUCAUAUUAUGCUCCCACCAUGCAUUCAAAUCCAUACGGACCACCAGCUACACCGUCUGAUCCAAUCAAUAAAUUCAGUGAAGAUGAUUCUUACGAUGACGAUGAGAGUGGCUGCUCAAUCAUGUGAACGUUGAAAAAAUGGGGUACAUGCAGAGAAGAAUUUUGUGUUAAUGAAGAGGGAGGAUAUAGGAAGGGAUUAAUUUUGUAAGAUGCAAAAAUAAUUUUAAAAAACAAAAAUAUCAAAAGGGGUACUUUAUGCUUAGGGAGAAAUAAAAAGCUGUUUCUGCUUUUUAUUGGGGUUUGUAGGGUUUUUAUAGUUAUUAGGUUGUCUUUAUUUAUGUUGUCUGUCUGUAAUAUUUUUGCUACUGUUUUUGGGGUUUCGUUAUUAAGCACUAUAAAAGCCCUUUUAAAGGGGUAUUGUAGGGCCUGAAGAAAAAAAUCUCUCACUUCCCCCUCUUUGUUAUUUUAUAAAAAGAAGAAUUUUGUUCA